AUGGGAAGCCUCCCUACGCUCCUUCUGGCGGUGGCCUCCUGCUUCAUUCCAGCAGAGGCUGUCCAUUUCUCUUCUCAUGGAUAUCUUCAUGCCGCUCGGCAUCAUCAUCAAUCCCGCACGGUUGAUCCGAGCGUGUCAUUCCCUGGACUUUCCAUGUUCCCCAAUGGGAGUUUGUCUGGCUUGGAUCUGUCGUCGGCAUGUGAGGAUGCACUUUCUCAGAAGAUCUAUUGCGACGAGACGGUCUCCUCGCUGAUCACCGAUGACUACAUUGGUAGCUUUGACAAUUCCACGUUGACGGCAUUGGUAUGCGCUUCAAGUUGUGGAUCUUCGAUCGCGGAGCUUCAUGAGUCCGUCUCGGCCAGCUGCGGUACAACAGCGGACUUGAUACCCGGGAUUUCUUUUUUGGCCCUUGUCGAUGAACUCUGGAGCAAUUGGAAUCAGUCCUGCAUUACAGAUCCCACCACCGGCGAGAACUGCAAUGAUGAAAUUGCGUCGUUUGAUAAUGUUACUGCCCUAGCGGACAUGGCUACAUCUGAUUUGUGCUCCUACUGCUACGUGAAAAAGUUGGAAAUGAUGCAGGAGGAUGCCUUCUCAGAUGCAUACAACGAUGACUUCCAGUUUACUUACGAAUAUGUUGCUGCAAGCUGCAACCUCACAGUGGCCGAUUUCAACGCCACAGCGAGCGCUUUCAAUGCGUCAGUGCCGACGUCCACAUCCUCUUGUGUUUCUGGCGACAUGUACACAACUGUGGAGGGGGAUACAUGUGACUCCAUUGCCCUAGCCAAAGGAGUUUCAGCGGCCACCAUGUACUACACCAAUCCUAACAUCGUCAACUGCUCAGAUAUCUUGGCAGGAACCACUCUCUGUCUGCCCCUGAGUUGCACUGAUCUCUAUUCAGUCAAGGCCAAUGAUACAUGUACCUCGAUUGCUGUUGAUUACUAUUUAUCCACUCAGGAGGUGAUCAACUGGAACUCGCAGCUCAACUGGAACUGUUCGAAUUUGCAUUCGACCAAUCCCUACUGGGGCUCAGUACUGUGCGUCUCUCCUCCGGGUGGAACAUACACGGGGCAUGCAUUGAACACUACUGCAUCUGACUCUACAGAACCAGAGGCUGCAUACCCCCCUGCUGGUGUGAAAGUGGCCCCAGGAACUACCCUCGACUGCGGCGGGUGGUUCGUCAAUUCAGCCAGCUUGAACUAUACGUGUUCUGAGAUUUGUCUGUAUAAUGACAUACCCAUCCAUCUUUUCACUGCUGCCAAUCCCUCCCUCAAUUACACCACAUGUAACUCGGACCUUGUUGCAGGCUAUGCCUAUUGCAUUGACCCCCUGACCGGCUGGCAGUACAGCAAUGCCACAGCUACUAACAGUACUGCAAUCAUUACUGCCGCAACGUCCCCUACAGAGCCGACUCAGACGGGAAUUCCCGCCAACUGUGAUGCAUACUACGUUGCUCAAUGUACGUGCAAACUACCUAUAACCUUCAUAUAA